AUGGAAUACCCAGGUGUGCAUCUUGAGGUCAAUGAUCCAAACUUCGAUAUAAAAGAAGCUCCUAUUCGUGACGACUCAUUAACUCCCACCCCUCCGUGAGUGAACAAAACCAUUAGAAAAAUCACUAUUUUUUGCCAAAAAACCCACACUCCGUGAGUGAACAAAAACUUUUUUAAUAGAGAAAUUUUUUUAUGGAAAAAAAUUUUGAUAUACAAAUGAUAAUAAGUAUAAUGAAAUCUAGAGCUAAUUUUGUUUAAUUUUGAACAAAUUGCUUUUUAAAGUAUAAAUUUUAUAAAUUAAAUUAAUAUUUGCCUUCUAAUUUUCUGCGAAUUAGAUUUUUUUUUAAUUUCGAAAAAAAAAUUUUUAUAAAAAUUAUAUAUAAAUAUUUUUUUUUUAAAAAAAAAUAAAUUAACCCCCCUCGUGAGUGAACAAAAUUUUUUUGUUCACUCACGGAGGGGGGGGAGUAAGUAUUUUCUAGGCAGAUUUUAUUAGAAAAGUAUAUGGCAUCAUGAGUGCGCAGCUCUUAUUCACCUCUUGUGAAUGAGAAAAUAUUAGAAAGUUUUUAAUUUAGUGCAAAACUCAUGAGCAAAGAAUUUUUUUUAAAAUACUUGUAUAUUAUAAUGAAAUCUCUAGCAAAUUACUCUUUAAAUAAACUGCAAAUUAGAUUCCCAAUAUUUUUUGAAUGAAAUUUGGAAACACCAAAAUUUUAAUAUAAUUUAUUCCAGAGUUUUCAGUAAAAAAACAAAUAAUUAAAAUUUGCUAGAAUGAAGAGGAGGUAGAGUCAGUAACUGCCAUAGUUAGUGCCAUUGUCAUGUCAAAUCCUAUUUAUUCCGAGUUUGUUCAAGAAAAUUAUGUCUUCGCUAUCUUAGCUGCAUUUUGCGCUAUAGCCUUAUAUAUUCUUCUGAAUGUUGCAAAAAUAUAUCUUGUGCAGUUCCUACAAAUUAUUUUGUUUUGCUCUUAUUUGUGAAAAUUAUUUAGACUUUAUGCGAAAGCUAUAUGGUGGCUACUUGCUGUUCUUUGUGUGACCCUUCUACAGUUAUUACAGCAGCAGUUAUGACUUUAA